AUGUCGGCUCCAUACUACUCUGGUCAAGCAAGCACCUCCUCCGAUUCGCCUUAUCGUCCUGGUACAGCUGACAGCGUUUGGGAGCAGAGCAGGUCAUCUUCCAUGGGCGAAGCUCGUCCCGACCUGUUUGCCCAUACAACAACGGGUGCUGCGCCGUCGUCAUCGUCAUCAUCACACUUCCGCCCUGAGCCCCUGCUUCCGUCUCAAUCAUCCGCGAUCGGCGGUUCGCAGGCAGGCGUCUACUUCGGCGCAAACGUCGUCACGCCGCGCCAAACCGCUUUUCCCAGGGAUCAGAUUGAUGCUGGCGCUCAUUUCAGCACCCCUGGUGUGAUGGACAGCUUCGAUCACGGUGUCCAAGCCAUGGUGCCCACCGAGACGCCGCGCGCGGCUCACUUUGGAGGCGGCAGCAGCGCCCUAGUUGGAACUCCGCACACCUUUGCGGCUCCCACCAGCUCAGCUUGGCCGAGUACCGUUCAGCAGCAGCAGCAGCAGCAGCAGCAGCAGCAUCAGCAUCAGCAACACCCGCAACAGCAGCAGUCGGAGUCUAUGGCUUACAAUCGGUAUGCGUAUCCUAGCCAGGGCAGCUCUAGCUCGUGGGCUAGUCCUGCCGGACUGUCCAUGUCGCAAAGUAUCGUCUACGACUCUUCCUCGUCCGCCAACACGAGUCCCAAUCGAUCUCAGACGUACUAUGACAUGCCGAAAGAGCAGUUCGACCAUACUGGCUAUGCUUCUCACAUGGGCUCGCACAACUAUCCGAUGUAUGGGACUUCCACGUCCAAGAUGGGCCCAUCCAGCGCUUACAUCUCGGCGCCGCAGCCAGAGUAUCCGCCGGAAGAGAUCGAUAGUAUGCUCAACCAGGUUUCCACUCUUUAUAAGACGGCCAACACCAAGAAGAUGGCCGAGUUUCACCGCGACAAGUGGGCACGCGUGUGGUUGAAUUGUAAUUACACUCUCAAGCCUUCGAUCCAGAUCUCGAUACCACGGACCAUUCUGCAUGAGUCGUAUCGCCGGGCUUGCGACUCGUUCGGUCUCGAACCGCUUCAAGCUGCCUCUUUCGGCAAAGUCCUCCGAAGCCAAUUCCCCGACGUUGCGCAACGGCGUCUCGGGGGUCGAGGUAAGACCCGCUUCCACUACUGCGGCUUUGGCACGUCCAACGAGCGCGAGGCUCUCAAGGUCAAAUCGCUUCUCGAAGACGAAAAGGCCGGCAAGCUGCAACUCAGUGCUGGUCUCAGUGCAGAGUACGCUGCGGAAGCCAGAGCUUCAUCUCGUUCCGAAACACAUGACGGCGAGUCUUCGUCGUCGUACCGCACGCAGACCUCGUCCGAAGCAUCGUCUUCGGGUGAGGGCCCGUCGUCGUCUCGAGUUGUGCAAUAUACGAACUCGCCCCAUACUUCUUCGGAAAGCGGUGGUUUGGGCCACUCUGGCAUCGCCACCGACGACCGUCUCAUCGCAUCUGCCUUUGCAACCCUCAACAGUGCCGUGCUCACUCCGCCAGGAACAAGCUCGGGCACUACCUACGGUGGUCCAGAUGCCGGACGUCAUCCGCAGGUGCCGUCGCAAGGCCAUGCGAAUGUCUCGCAUUCGACCAAUGUUGGCGGCGCGACCAUCCCAAGGCGCCACACCGUCUCGCAUUCCUACUCGGGUCUGGGCGACUUCUCGCUUCUGUCAGGCAUGCAUACAACAAGCGAGACGGCCGAUGCGGGGGUAUUGCAUCCCUCGGGCGACGUCUCUAUCUUUGGUCCCGGUACUGCUUCUGGAGUCAGCGAGUCAGCGCAGUCUACCUCUCUGCUCAACAGCCCUGCCUCUUCUCUGCACGGCUACCAGUACCUCCAGGAUCCUCGCCAUAUGCCCACCUCGAUACCCUUCCGCCGUUCGUGUCAAGACCUUCCCGACUGGCCGACGCUACCUGAGCAGCAUGGUAACACCACGCUGCCCAACACUAUGGCCUCCUCAAGCUCGUCCACGUACGUCUCCGGUGGAGCAUCAACCAGCAAGAGUGCGUCGUACGAGACGACGCGAAAAGCUUGGCGUGAGUACGAGUCCCUUUGUCAAGCGCUGCUCUACUCGAUUUACCUGGGACCUGACCUUGUCUCUUUUGUGCAGCGAACCAGUUUGUUCUGGACUAGCCUGAGCGCAUCAACGCUCGGUGCACUGCGUGGCGAUGGGGUUCUACACGGCAUGAUUCUCAGGGCGGAUGGGAUCAUCUUUCGACAGCUGCUGGCUAAGCUGGAUGGGAUGAUCGGCGACGAUGUUCCCGAGGAGGGCGUGGUUGGGCUGCAGAGCUUGGCGAGCAUGUUGUCCGACCAGAUUGGGGGAUUGGUGGACGAUGUGCUGCCAGAGGCUUGUAAGCUGGCCAAGGUGCAGGCAUCGGGAAACGUGGCUGAGAGUUUGCAGCAGGUCGCCGAGAUCUUCGAAGCGAUCAAGAAGUUCAGGGAAGCCUGGAUGCUCGAUGGCAACGCCGGUCCUCUUAGUGACUGGCAUAGCUCGGAUGCUGGACACCGGUCUGCACGUGCAGUCUCGCAGUCUGCUCGACCCACCUCUUCCUCGUUGUCUUCCUCGUCUUCGGCUGGUCGAGGCACGCGCUCGUCGCUGUCUCUCAGUCUGCGCAAUCGCAGCCUUCGCCCUCGGUCUGGUACUCAAUCUUCCAUCAACUCGCUCCCCGGUCCACUUGCCGACUUACAGCUUCGUCACCGCGUCCAUUCGGUCAACAGCACGCUUUCCGAUUCUCAGACUCACUCGGCUGAUGGUGUCGGGGAUCUCAGCAGCAGCCAGUGCAGGUUGCCGCCGGCGUUCGAGAGCAGCGAGCUUUCGACGUUUCAGGGCAUGUCGAACGAGUUUGUCGCACCGUUGUCGAGGGGGGAGCCGCGGUUGAGGAUGGCGUCGAAUGCCAGUGGCGAGAUCAAUCUUGAGCUUGGAAGUCUGGCGUUAGCUAUGCCUCCUUGUUACCGUGCACCUGUGCAGAGUGCCGGCGAUAGCAAUUCAGACGGGUCACAGCAGCCUCUCAAGGUCGAGCGGCGAGAUUGA